ACAAAGAUAAAUAAUAAUUUCACCCCAAAAACACUAAAUACAAACAAUGACGUCACUGCCAUUAACGUCAACAACAACAACAUCAACAAAGAUCACGAAAUUUCGAGAGAAAAUGGUUUUGUUCUGGCGAAAAAUAGUGCGAACAUUUUGACCCAAAAUGUAACUCCAUACUACAGGGCAACAUUUUUGGCAGCAAUCGUCAUCAACAGCAGCAGAAGCAGCAACAACAACCACAACCACAGCAGCAACACAAAUACCACAGCCAGCCACAAAAGCAACGACACGACUUCACAAACCGAAGCACCUCCUCUGAUAACCGCUCCUGUUCUACGUCCAGAAAUCUACAUCCUCUUCACUACAAUCGGUGUGCUCGGUUCGGUAUCGAAUCUAUUCGUCAUUUCGGUAAUCAUUGCUUACAAACCGAUGCGGAAACAGAUUAGCAGCUACUACAUUUUUGCACAAAGCUUCACAGACGCAGCUGUGGCUUUGUCCUUGCUGGUUACUACUGUCCAUAUGGAUGGCGGCACUUGGACGUACGUUAAAGGCAAUAUAUGGGAUGAAAUUGUUUGCAGGCUAUGGCUAACGAGAAUGCCAUUGUGGGCUAGCCUGGUCUCAUCCGCUUACAUAGUUAUUGCUAUUACUAUUGAGAGGUUAUGA